AUGGCACCCUCAGCGGCAACUGUCCGCAACAUGCUCUCCAUGUUCCAAGAUAGCACAGGCUCCACGGAGCGCACUGCAAACAAGUUCCUGAAGUCGACGGGAUACAAUCUGAACCAAGCUGUCGAUCUCUAUUUCCAGACAACGAAUGCUGAGCCCAGGCAAAAUCCAGCCAUACCCAAAUUAGAGAAGUUGUUCGACUCUUUACGAGAUGCCCAAGAUGCCCAAAAUGAGAUGGGCUUGGACGCCGUCAUGAAGUAUCUCAGCGAGGACCUCGGCCUGAGCAUCGAGAAUGCCGAGCUGCUUGUGGCUAUGGAGCUCGUGCAAGCACCGAGCGUCGGGGAAAUCACACGAACGGGAUUUGUGAACGGCUGGAAAGAUACCGGCUGCGAGCCGAAUCUCAAAGCGCAGUCCAAGCAUGUCAGCAAUCUUGCCAAGUCGCUGUCGACAAACUCGGAUCUGUUCAAGAACGUCUACAAACACACAUUCGUAUGCGCGCGCGAAAAGGACCAGAAAGCUCUGAGUCUCGAAAAUGCGCUCACGUACUGGGAAGUCUUGUUCUCACCGCCCGGCUGGGAAUGGAAGGGGGCGAAGCACGACUGGUUCCGGCUGUGGAAACAGUUCCUCGCUGAGAAGUGGACGCGGUCCGUCAACAAGGAUAUGUGGAAUAUGACACUCAACUUUGCGAUCAAGUCUGUUGAAGAUGAGACCUUGUCGUUCUGGAGCGAAGACGGCGCGUGGCCUAGCGUUAUCGACGAUUUCGUGGCGUGGUGCAAGGAGAAGGGGGUUGUGAAAGCCGAUGAAGCAAUGGAAGUGGAUGACUCCUAG